AUGAACGCAUUAGAUAAAUGUACUGUAAGAAAGGAGCCAAAAGGCGUGGUACUUGUUAUUGGAUCCUGGAAUUAUCCCGUCCAUUUACUUCUGCUUCCUGUGGUCGGUGCUAUUGCAGCUGGUAACUGUGUUGCUAUUAAGCCUUCUGAAGUCGCGUGUCAUACAGCAGCAAUAAUUGGAGAAUUAAUCCCCCAAUAUCUUGACCCAAAAACAGUAUCCGUCGUACAAGGUGGUGUGCAAGAGACUACUACCUUAUUAGCCGAAGAGUUCAAUCAUAUCUUUUACACGGGUAAUGGUGCGGUCGGUAAAAUAGUUAUGGCUGCUGCCUCUAAACAUCUUACACCUGUCACCUUGGAACUGGGUGGAAAAUCUCCAGCUUUUAUUGCGCCAGAUGCUAAUAUUGAAGUAGCUGCUAGUCGUAUCAUGUGGGGAAAAUAUUAUAAUGCAGGCCAGACUUGUGUUGCACCUGAUUAUGUGCUAAUCCUGAAAUCUCAAGCAAAUCAAUUUAUCGAAGCUUGUAAAAAAGUACUUAUUGAAAGAUAUGGCCAGAACCCCCAGGCAUCGGAUUCUUACUGUAGAAUUAUCAGUGAGCGUAGAUUCGAUGCGGUAAAAUCAUUUAUUGAUAAUGUGGAUGAUUCAAGAAUUAUUGUCGGUGGACAAACCGAUAAAAAAGAUUUGUAUGUCGCACCCACUAUCGUAUAUCCUGUUGCUUCUGAUGAAACUGGAUUAAUGCAAGAAGAGAUAUUUGGUCCUAUCCUUCCCAUUGUACCUGUUGAAGAUAUGGAUGAAGCUAUUCGUAUUGUGAACUCAAAGAAUACACCCUUGACAAUCUACAUAUUUACUGAAAUUUUGGAUAAAACCCAAUCCGGGGGUGUUUUAGUAAAUGAUGUACUAAUGCAUGUACAAGAACUCGGUAUGCCCUUUGGCGGCGUAGGUGCUAGUGGUAUGGGAUCUUAUCACGGACCUAAAUCUUUUGAAACUUUCAGCCAUGAACGUGCCACCAUGAUUAAAUCCUCGGGCCUUGAAAGUUUAAUGGUUGCUCGUUACCCUCCUUACAACGAUAGUAAAUUAACACUAUUCACCAUGCUGACCAUUGGUUUACCCGAAACGGUCACUGGUAAAGUUAAAUCUGUCUUCCAAGCUAUAGGUGCUGCUCACACCGUCUUCUUCUCUUCUAACAACGAUGGUAGUGAUCAACCUAUUAAGCUUUAA